GAUAUUUGAAUAUGACGGAGGCCGAGGAAAAGUGUCAUUUCUGCCACGCAGUGCCUUUCAAGUACAGCUGCCCCAAGUGCAAUGCGCUGUACUGCAGUGUGUCGUGCUACAAGUCGCAGGCACAUCUGAAAUGUUCCGAGGAGUUCUACAAAUCCUGCAUACAGGACGAGCUGGCCGGUGCGACCACGGCUCCGGAAAGCCAGGAGGAAAUGAGAAAGAUCUACGACAUACUGAAGCGUAUGCGGGAAUCGGACGCUGGUUUCAAUCCCAAAGAUUUCGACGCCGAUGGACUGGACAAUCCGCUGGGUUCAGAUAAUGAGGAGGGACGAGAAGAUGGUGAUGAGGAAGAGCUUGGUGAUUACCCAGAACAAGCCUUUGAAGAGGAACUGGAAGAAGACAUCGCUGCGCGCCUGAAGGGCAUCGACAUCAACGACGCCGAUGAGGUUUGGAGCCGCCUAACAGAGGAAGAACAAGGCGAGUUCCAGAAGCUGAUUGCCAGCGGUGACAUCAUGAAGCUCAUGCCGGACUACAAGCCCUGGUGGGGCAAGGCGAAGAACUCCAAGAUUGUUGAAAUUCCUGCACCAGGAGAAGCCAAAAAAACAGACGACUCCACCCCCGAAAUCCAUGAGAAUAUACCAAAGUUCUCGGAUAUUUGCCAGAAGACGCCCUCGCCCUGCCUGCACUACAACCUGUGGAACAUAUUGAGCGCGUAUGCGUGCGUGGCCCGCUUCUACGCCGGCGAGCAUCGAACGAAUGCCAGCGAGGCUGUCGCCCAUCUAGUGAAUCUCAGCGCAACCCUCAAGUACGGCACCAACUUUGAGGACGCUGAAGACGCCAUCAUCUCUGUGGAAAUGGAGGCCAUCACCACGGGCAAUGGGCCGGCAGGCGCUGCGGCAGUGGGCAGUGCCGGAGUGGGCACAAACUUUUUCGUAGAGAGCCGGGAGCAGUUGAAGCUGGAUGCCCGUCAGCUCAUGGCCACGCGGGACCACAAAUUGGCCGCCCUGAGCGACAUCCUCCGCCUGCUCCAGCAAAGUAAAGCACUAAUCAGUCGGAAGGCUUCGCAAGAGGCCGGGUUCCAGAAACUGUUUGCCCUGGCCAGCGGCAGCGUAGAGCUGACUAGAAGCAAAGUUUCGCAGUUGGCAAAGAAAAUCGAGUUUCUCUUGUCGUAUGUCAAAAGGGAAGAGGUCCUCUGAAAUCUCCGUCAAUAUUCAAAAUACACAAACACAUUCGUAUCACAAA